CGGCAGCAGCCGGGUGGGAAGGCUCAAGAUGGCGUGUCUGUUGGAGACCCCAAUCCGCAUGAGCGUCCUCUCGGAAGUAACAGCUAGCAGUCGCCACUAUGUUGACAGGCUAUUUGACCCUGAUCCCCAGAAAGUUCUGCAAGGUGUCAUAGACAUGAAAAAUGCUGUCAUUGGAAACAACAAGCAGAAAGCCAAUCUCAUUGUUUUAGGAGCUGUUCCAAGAUUGUUGUAUUUGCUUCAGCAAGAGACAUCAAGCACUGAGCUAAAAACUGAAUGUGCAGUGGUACUGGGAAGUCUUGCUAUGGGUACUGAAAAUAAUGUCAAGUCUCUACUAGACUGCCACAUUAUCCCUGCCUUACUGCAAGGACUGCUGUCCCCAGACCUGAAGUUCAUUGAAGCUUGCCUCCGAUGCCUACGUACCAUCUUUACCAGUCCUGUCACUCCGGAGGAGCUAUUGUAUACAGAUGCCACAGUGAUACCACAUCUCAUGGCACUGCUUAGCAGGUCCCGCUAUACCCAGGAGUAUAUCUGUCAGAUCUUCUCACACUGUUGUAAAGGGCCAGAUCAUCAAACAAUUUUAUUUAACCAUGGUGCAGUUCAGAAUAUUGCUCACCUAUUAACCUCACUGUCCUACAAAGUUCGAAUGCAAGCCCUGAAAUGCUUCUCAGUUCUAGCUUUUGAAAACCCCCAGGUAUCCAUGACCCUGGUAAAUGUUUUGGUUGAUGGAGAAUUGUUACCGCAGAUAUUUGUGAAGAUGUUACAGAGGGAUAAGCCCAUUGAAAUGCAGCUCACGUCAGCAAAAUGUUUAACUUAUAUGUGUAGAGCUGGAGCAAUUCGGACAGAUGACAGCUGUAUUGUAUUAAAGACAUUGCCUUGUUUGGUUCGAAUGUGCAGUAAGGAAAGAUUACUAGAGGAGAGAGUUGAAGGAGCUGAAACACUCGCAUACCUGAUUGAGCCAGAUGUUGAGCUACAGAGAAUCGCUAGCAUAACUGAUCACCUCAUUGCCAUGCUUGCUGAUUAUUUCAAGUAUCCCAGCUCUGUGAGUGCCAUCACUGAUAUAAAAAGGCUUGAUCAUGACUUAAAACAUGCUCACGAACUCCGCCAGGCUGCAUUCAAGCUCUAUGCUUCUCUUGGAGCAAAUGAUGAAGACAUCCGGAAGAAGAUCAUUGAGACUGAAAAUAUGAUGGACCGAAUUGUGACUGGCUUGUCUGAGUCUAGUGUCAAGGUGCGGUUAGCUGCUGUCAGAUGUUUGCACAGUUUAUCCAGAUCUGUACAGCAACUUCGAACCAGUUUCCAGGAUCAUGCUGUGUGGAAACCUUUAAUGAAGGUUUUACAAAAUGCACCAGAUGAAAUCCUAGUAGUAGCAUCAUCCAUGUUAUGUAAUCUGCUUCUUGAAUUUUCUCCAAGCAAAGAGCCAAUUUUAGAAUCAGGAGCUGUAGAGCUACUUUGUGGAUUAACCCAAAGUGAAAAUCCUGCCUUAAGAGUGAAUGGAAUUUGGGCUUUAAUGAAUAUGGCAUUUCAGGCUGAACAAAAAAUAAAAGCAGAUAUUUUACGAAGCUUGAGUACUGAACAACUAUUCCGGUUAUUAUCAGAUUCAGAUUUGAAUGUGCUGAUGAAGACAUUGGGACUUCUUAGAAAUCUCCUCUCUACUCGGCCUCAUAUAGAUAAAAUAAUGAGUACUCAUGGAAAGCAAAUUAUGCAGGCUGUCACCCUUAUUCUAGAAGGAGAGCAUAACAUCGAGGUUAAAGAGCAGACACUGUGUAUCCUAGCUAACAUAGCAGAUGGAACAACAGCAAAAGAACUUAUUAUGACUAAUGAUGACAUUCUGCAGAAAAUCAAGUAUUACAUGGGUCAUUCACAUGUCAAACUGCAGCUUGCUGCUAUGUUUUGCAUAUCAAACCUCAUAUGGAAUGAAGAGGAAGGUUCACAAGAACGCCAAGAUAAAUUACGAGACAUGGGCAUCGUAGAUAUUCUACAUAAACUGAGUCAGUCACCAGAUACAAAUCUUUGUGACAAGGCAAAGACAGCACUGCAGCAGUACCUGGCAUGAUGGGAGCAAGCCUGGACACAUGCGAGCACCCCACGUCCUUGUUUAAGGAAGUACAGGAACUAGCCUCGUUUGAUUCCUUCUAUUUGCACAAGUCACCUUGGACUGCAGGGAGCU